UAAAAGGAGGAAACGUCUCAGAUGUGAACACAGCGGACGCUUCAUCACAGCAGCCUCUGGAUGCCUUUCCAAGCAGGAGAAAGCUGAUCUUAGGCCUGUAGCUGAGGGUGAACCUCGGAUAAGCGGAUGAAGAAACAAAUUCUACUACUUUUCACAUACCGAGGACUAGUGAGGAAAGGAAAAAAGAGCAAAAGAAGAAAAUGGCCAAUUUUAUAUUGCGGAAGGCCGAGCCCAAGGACGUAUCUGACAUACUGCGACUCAUAAAGGAACUGGCUAAAUUUGAGGAAAUGGAAGAUCAAGUUAUUCUUACUGAAAAAGAUCUGCUGGAGGACGGGUUUGGAGAUCAUCCGUUCUAUCACUGUAUCGUGGCUGAAGUGCCUAAACAGCACCAGAGCGUCGACGGUCAUGUGAUCAUUGGCUUUGCCAUGUAUUAUUUCACCUAUGACCCCUGGAUCGGGAAACUGCUCUACUUGGAGGACUUCUACGUCAUGAAGGAAUUUCGGGGUUUUGGAAUUGGGUCUGAAAUCCUGAAGAAACUCAGUCAGACGGCGGUCAGGACUCGCUGCAGCAGCAUGCACUUCAUCGUGGCCGAGUGGAACAAACCCUCCAUCGAGUUCUACAAGCGGCGCGGAGCGUCUGAUCUCUCGCUGGAGGAAGGAUGGAGGCUCUUCAAGAUCGACAAGCAGAACCUGCUCAAGAUGACCAACGAGGAGUGAACCGGAUGUCAGGAGAUUAUUGUAGUCUAUGAUUUUGACCCUCUGGUUCUGGUGUCCACUAAAGUGGGCAGAUCUUCAAAAGUCAUUUUGAAGCAUUCAUGGUGUGAUGUUACGUCCAAAACCUUUGAUUCUUACCCAUAAUAUUUCGUAUCGCAACAAGUUUUAAAUGGCUGAGAGGAGUUUAUAGUUCACUAUUAUCUUCAGAUGCAUAAUUCUCUCCAAAUACAUAAUUUGAAAAGAUUAGACACAUUUUCUUUUUUGUGUCAUGAAUUUAAUAAUUCAUGAAUCAGAGACUUUCUGUUUCAAUGCAAUGUACUGAUAUUGAUAUAGACAUGGCAGAUUUAUUAAUCUAAAAAAUAAAAAGUUUAAAUUCGAAAAUAA